AUGAUCGCCUGUCAGCCAAACCAGUUCGGUAUCCGCGUUGCCCACAACCCAGCAUCCUCACUACGCACAGCACUAUCUCGAAUCGAGGAUCUCCUCCCCAAAGAGCAGCAAACAAACGCAGUUUAUUGCAUUCCGUGCGCAAACUGCCCUCGCGUGUACGUUGGUCAUACAGGCCGACACCUGAGCACCCGUACUGAUGAACACAAAUUGGCUGUUCGUCGGCGAGAACCCCUGUCCCUCGUCUUCGCUCACGCACUCGCGUGCAACCACCGAUGCAAUUGGAAUGGCACUGAGGUCGUCGCCAUGACUAACACAAAACGGGCGAGAGGAUUUCUCGAGACUUGGUACUCCAAUGCUGGUGGUAUCAACCGCCAUUCUGACCUGGACGUCCAUUACGAGGGCCUACUGGUACUUGAUACGGCUGCGAUCAUGCCCGAUCUAGCCGGCCUCGAUGAUGUCACGAACUGUAUCUCUCCACGCGUCACGACCCGCGGCAGCAGAUCUGGACGGCUCAACCCAUUCCCUUCGCCAACGACGGAGACCGAAUACCGAAGAUCCAAGAACCACCUCCAUGUCUUGACGAACUGUGUGGAGCCAGGUUUUGAACUGAUCUCCUCUUCGAAGCUUCCUAUGUGGCACCGGUACCGAAUCGAGGGCAGUAACACUGAGCUUCUGAGGUGGACGACGAAGAACAUGCCCGAACCACCUCAGUCACCUUUCUUGGAUGACCUUAUUUAUCCUUGCGAUGUUGUCGCAGCGAGCGCGGACUGUCUCAUUUGA